CAACAUCGUAAAUAUAAAUAUCGGAGUAGAUCUUGUGCGUUGGAACACGUUUAGAGUGGUUUCUUUAGUGGUAAACAAUUUUAACAAGUAAGGAAAAUGUUGUUGGACUAUUCUGACAAGGUAUCGCCGAUAUACGGUCAACAUUUGAAGGAAGACUGUGCGAAAAGAACAAAAUCCAUGAAGAUCGGUGAAGCUGUGGAGAAAGUAGUCCGUAGAGCCUGGCGGGAAAACAGACUCGUCGUCGGCGUACUGGAGGUCGCGACAUUUCUUCAGCAUGCGGUGCGGGGCAGUGCACUGGUGUGUGUGCUCGAGCAAGGACCGAGGACCAGCGUUGGUGACUUAUGUCAACACAGGCUCGUGGAGGCGUUCUGCAGGGAACACCGCAUCCGCCUCGUCAAGGUUAAUGGAGAACGAAGUCUGAUGGAUAAGGAUGAUGAUGAAGAUGACGAAUCUGAAUUCACGCAAACGACAGAUGAACAAACUGAAUCUCAGUCAAGGGAACGUGAAACUAUGGGUGUUCAGCUUCAAGACGUACAUACCAUCACCACGAAGGGAACCAAGGAUAAUCGUCGACGGAAUUCUCUCCAAGAAAUCAUUCAGAUUCAACACCGACAACACCCAAGGCGAAUUGCCCGAAACCACUCAUUUCCAAAGAGAGAAAAAAAUCAAGUGAACGUGCUUCCCAGCAGUGGAAAUGCCACAUGUUUUCUUGUACAGGCUGAAGGGAGGAUAUCGAGUGAGGAGGAUUUUGUUAUAGCUUUCCACGAUAUCUACAGGAGUAGCAGUAUGCAUGGCCACCAGUUUCCUUGUGUUAAAGUUGGGUGUUAAUGGAAACGAGACCAGGACGACGUGAAAUAAUGUGUGCCAAAUUCAGGAUUCCUAGCCAUGAAAUACAUUAGUAGCAAAAUGAAAUAAAACCAGUAAAACACAAUGAUCUCUGUGACAAAUUUUGAAAAGUUGUGACAAUAAUUCGUAUAAAAGGAGAAUUAUGUGAAAAGCAGAAGCAAGGUACCACACUUUUAAUAAAUGUUCAAAAUAUUAAAAUGAGUCAUAAAUCAUAUGUUGCUAUUAAAUUUUUAUUUCAUCGCGGUACUAACUGCUUCUGACUGCUUCGUUGACAAAUAUAUCAUUGAGGAGUUAUAUAGCAAUGCCUCUAUAGAUUUUACAAAUGUACAAUUCAAAAUGUUACAUAUUUAUUUAAAACAAAGAAACAUUUCUAUGGAAACUGUUACAUUCAUUGUUGAAUUGUUUAAUUCUCAAUUUGAAAACUAUUUGAAAACAGAAUGAAAGAAAGAAAAGUAUUUUACAGAAAUGUAUCUUGAACACAAAUGUUAGCAACAGUACCAUUUCUAAUAAAAACAACAAUUUAAAAUAUCAUGAUAUUUUAAAACAAACAUUUCAAAGUAAAAUAUCUAUCCAAUAAAAUGAACAACAAAAUAAUAAGGAAGAGAAAGGAUGUGACAAGAUAGGCCAGUCAAUAGAUGUGACAAGAUAGGCCAGUCAAUAGAUGUGACAAGAUAGGCCAGUCAAUAGAUCUGAAAAGAUAGGCCAGUCAACAGAUGUGACAAAGACCAGUCAAUAGAUGUGACAAGAUAGGCCAUGUGACGAGAUAGGCCAGUCAAUAGAUGUGACAAGAUAGGCCAGUCAACAGAUGUGAUAUGAACUAUAUAUUGUGUUUUUAUGCAACUGCAGCUGUUUUACUUAUGUGUUAUACAAUUUAUGUCUUUCAUUUAUUCUUUGCAAUGUGGAGUUUUACAUAAAGCUACAUGUAAUAUCAAAUCUUUUCCUUUUUCUUUCAACAUAAACAACCAGCAUACAUGUUACUAUGGUGAUGGUUUAGGUACAUUGUGUAGAGUCUUCAUGUUGUAACAUGACAACUGUUAGUAUGAUGUACAAAAACUUUCACAAUACUUACCAAGGAGUCCGUUAUGAGUACCAUAUCACAUCUGUUAUAGACUGAGGGUACAGAAAGUAUCAUAAGAAAUAGUAACAGAUAAAUAACAGACAUUAUAAACAGGUGGUGAAAAGUGCAAUUUCACUGAAAAGUUUGGAAAACAUGUACAGUUCCCUUAAUACAGUCAUCUUAUUAUUAGUAUGUUAAAAUUUUCUGUCCAUCAAAAUGUCCAAAUCUGUAUUUUUUAAUCCUUGUAAAAUUGAUCUAAUAUAAAGUUUCUCAUUCAAUAUUUUUUUCCUGAUUUUUAUGUUGUUUUUUUUACUGGAACAAUACCAUAAUAAAAGGAAAUUUUA